CGAGGAGGCGUGGCCUGUUCAGGAAGGUCUGGAGUCAGUGAGUGUGGAAUUCAGCAGGAGAAGCUCUGAAAGGUUUUUUCCAGUUUUAUUGAAGUUAAGAUCUUAAAAAUGCACAGGCUGAACACGUUGCUGCUUGUGCGUGUUGCCGUGUUGUGGUUCUACCUCCUCCUUCCCUCCCUGCUCGGUGACAACAUGGUGUGCUACUACAGCCCCGUCUUGGAGAAGGAGAAGAAGUUUGAGCUCAUUGCGACUGUGUGCCCUCCUGAGGAGCUGUGCUUCAAGGCCGAUGGUCGCUACGGAAACCACAGCGCCCUGUCUGCCAGGGGCUGCAUGGCGAAGAAGGACUGCGGCCAGGUGCACAAGCUGCGCCUCAAAGGAACCGUCUUCACCAUGAGCUACAACUGCUGUAAUGAGGCAUACUGUAACUCCAGCCCAGGGAUGGCAGCCACAUCCCUCUACAUCACAGUAACACUGAUGACUUUACUUGUGAUGGCCCGGGGCUUUUGAAUUACAGACUCCUUUGCGUUCAUGUCAUUAGGAAAAAUGUGUACCUAGUUUACAUGCAUCUCUGCAGCCUCAGCAUGGAGCAAUGCAGAGGGUCUGCAGUGGUUGCACACUCAGUACUAAGACACUGAGAUGUGCACCAAGGAGAUGCUGGAGAAUCAACUUCGAUUUUUAAAGUUACAAAUAUGUAAAUAUACUGUAUUUAUCUUUUAAUAUCAUAAAUAAACAUUUAAGUAAGAGAUUG